GGUGUGGACUAUACCAAUUCACAAGUCAUCCCGACAAUUUUACGUUUGAUCACCGGCGGGAUUUGAUCGCUACAGUACGGUGAGCUUUGUGCAGGGCCACCAGGAGUCAUAAUAUCAAGAGAUUUAUGUAUUUUUGUUGAAAAUUAAAAGUUAUAUUAUGAGAAGAAAGCUGUGUAUUGGAACAGAACUAUACGCUAGUGUGUACCGACUAGCUUGUACAAUUGUAAUAACAAUGUAGUAACAUUGUAAUAACGCAUUAACGUCGGCGCGUUUCCAUUCCAGCAUGGCGACCAACACCACGACGGCGACAAAUGAGGCGUGCGCGCCAAACGACAACUUAUGCAGUAAGAACUCUUCACGGCCUCGGUCACCGCUUUUUGACCUUUUUACCUCGGUGGGGUCGGAAAAGAACUAAACACAAAGCGACGUUAGUGAAAAAUGCAGGAUGACUCAGUACAUGUCGGUCGCGGUGACCCAUCGGCAGGCCGUGAUCGUCAUCCCGUCGUUGCUCCUCCUAGCGAGCGCGAUCACCGUGGUGACCAUGAUUGUUUUGACCUACGUGCGCCGCCGGCGCGUCAGACGCGCCGCCGACGCCGCCCCGCCGCGCUACCGCCGCUCGCUGCACAGGAGAUCGCGCCACCUGCAGGGCGUCGAUGCGCCCCCCGGCAUCGACCCGCUGGAACACGAGGAGGUGCCCAUGGCGGUCCACAAGAGGGCGACCGGCGCAGCGGUCCCGCGGGUGACCGCCGAGGGGCGUCUCGGGACUUUCGGGCAGGUGACCCCGCUGCCCCGGACGCUGUCCGUCGGGACCGACGGCGGCGUCGUCCUCUACCGGGCCCGCGUGGACCACAAGGGCGUGGUGCUGAGGGUGCUCAAAGACUCGGCCGGUCCGGAGGAGCGGCGCCGCUUUCUGGGUUUCGCCUCGUUCGUGUCGGAGUUGGGCCCGCACCCGUUCCUGCCGGCGGCGCUGGGCUCCGUGCGCGGACCCCCGCCGACCUCCGUGAUGGUCGUGGAGGACUUGCGGCACGGCGACUUGCUGGGCUUCCUGUGGAGAUGCAGACGCGCGGAUGAAUCAGGUUGGAGCAUAACAGAGAAGCGGAUCUUCACCAUGGCAACGCAAGUGGCCUCCGCCCUGGGUUACCUGCACAGCCGGAGCUGCGUCCACGGCGACGUGGGCGCCCGCAACGUCCUGGUGGGGGGCGACCUGACGGCCAAGCUGUGGGGUCUGGGGGCCGCCUACCGCCGGCGGACCCGGGCCGGCGCGGACGGCGCCGCCGAGCUCAAGAAGUGGCAGGCGCCCGAAGUGCUCGCCCGGAGGGACUUCAGCCCGAGUAGCGACGUGUGGUCCUUCGGACUCCUGCUCUACGAGAUGAGCACCUUAGGCGAGCCGCCGUUCGCGCCGCUGCGCCCAAGCGAGCUGCUGCAGCACCUGCAGAGAGGGAACUUCCUGCAGCGUCCGCCCGGCUGCUCCGGCACGCUCUUCGCCGCCAUGUCUUCGUGCUGCCAGUGGAACCCGCGGCGGCGCGUCACCGUGGGAACGCUAGCGGAGAAGUUGCGAGCGGGCGAGAGGACUGCCAACGGACUGACGCCCGUCCGCGCCGCCGGGCCGCUGGACCCCGAGAGGUACCUGCGGGAGGCGGGCUACGGCGAGGCCUACAACUACGCCCUGCUCUGAUCGGACGAC